UGUCGCGAUGCUGUGCGAGGGCAACGUGGUGUUAAGCGCGAGAGGCAAAGGGGAGUUACCCGCGGUCGAGUGGCCACGGGGAAAGGGGAAUCCCAUCAACUUCACCGCGCGAGGAAUAUAAGAAAAGUGUAUACUAACUUAGAGAGUGCGCAUGCGCGCUAGAUCCUACCAGAGAAGUUGGCGCGCGCCCUGAAUGAAAGCUUGCGACAUGUCAUCGAGGAGCUCAGUCGUGCGCCAACACUCGUGCUAUUCGAAAUUUUUACCAACCGGCAGAGUGUACACUUUUUUUUUCUCAAAAUUUCUCUCACAGUAUAUUUCGUUUGGCGCGACUUUUAUUCAAUGAUAUAAAAGGGUGCAAUCACUGGCCGUUAUAAAACGACAAGUUUUUAAUUUCUAAACAAACGGGUCGUCGAGUGUAAAAAACUAAUUUACAAUUAAGUGUAGCUUUUUUUAGUGACACGAGUGUAAACUGUGUGCUAACGCCACGUGUUUUUUUUUUUGGAAAAAAUAAAAUACUUGUGAAGUCCUAUCUGUGAUGUGUUAAAAGUGAAUAAUGGAGUCACCAGUCAUGUAUGACACCUCGGCUCAUCAGCCGCAAUCUCAGGUACCGCCUGAGAUGAAAAAAUCAUCCCAAGUGAUGAACAACAAUUCCGCCCUUCAAGUGAAUCACAAUCAACAAACUGGUAGUACGGUGGUUAGUAAAGUGUCCGCAAGUAAGGCAUCAUUACAUCAACAAUAUGCCGAGCAUUGUGCCGCAGCUGGUGAGCUAACGGACCUAAACACCCCGGAAAUCUCCUUAGACCUCCAGAAUCUCAUUGAUGACUCCCAUUUCAAUGAUGGUCUUCUGGACAUGCUCAACGGUGGUAAUGGCACCAUCAAGCACAACCGAAAUCCCACCUACCCACGAACAACACUCGCCUAUAUGCCACAACCCGUUCACAGUGGAGCAAGUUAUCAUCAAGGUAGUUGCAGUGACAGCAAUAGUUCAAGUUCCGAAUCGCCGAGCAUCAAGGAAGAACCCCUCGAUCCAACCGAUUAUCGACGACACUGUCCCCAAUUUCCACCAAGUGGUUACAGUCCCGUUAAUAAUGGACCAUUCACAAAUGGCGGUCCAACCUUCACCAACCUGACGCCCUCCUCGAUACCAGGUACACAUCCCGUUCAUCAGCAACAAAAUCGGGGUACAAUGAAACCCAUAAUGUCCCAUCAGCAUCAUGCUGCGGCCGCUGCAGCCGCUGCCGUUGCGAGAAAGCAAAGUAAAUCUGUGGAUAAGGCGAGCGAUGAAUAUAGAAGGCGAAGAGAGAGAAAUAAUAUUGCCGUGAGGAAGAGUCGAGAAAAGGCGAAGGUACGAUCAAGAGAAACUGAGGAGAAAGUUAAACUCCUUGUCAAGGACAACGAAUUACUCAAGAAGAGAAUUGAACUCCUCACUGAGGAACUCAAUGUUCUUAGGUCAUUAUUCAGCAGUGUUGGCGUUGUUCCCGAACAACUUCAUCGUGAAAUCUCCAGGCAUCUCGAUCAAUUCCAACAGCACGCGGUUGGUCCCAUGUAGCAUUGCGAUUUAUCAUCAUCAUCAUCAUCAUCAGCACCAAUAUGCUUCGACCUUGGUCUCUCUUCCAAGGGAAUCCGGCUGUGAAACGCUUCCGCGUUCGUAUUCUUUUUAUCACGGAACUAACAGGUUUCUCCAUUCGCCUCUCUUUCCGCAAACAAACACUUUUCUUUCUUUUUCGUCGAGAAAAAAAAGGCCUCUGAUGUCUUCUUUAGUAACAUCACUUCUUUUUAAUUUCUUUAUUUCGAUUUUUUUAUUUCAAUUUUUUUCUUUCAAUUUCUUUAUAAUUCUUUAUAUAAUAAAGAAAUUAUUAAAAUCUAAAAAUUCUCUAAAUCUGAAAUAGCGACAAUAUCACUGAUUCCAAUUAGCGAAGAAACGCUUUUUGAAAUUAGUCUUAUACUAAUAUUAGUGGUAUUCCUAGAAAUUAGUGAAUUUUCGCUAAAACAUAUUUGGAGAGUGUAAAAUCCUAAAGAGUAUAAACGUAAAUUAUAAAAAUUUGGGAUAUAGACCUAAAUUAUAAAAGUUUAGAGUAUAAACACUAAAUUAUAAAAGUUUAGAGUAUAGACCUAAAUUAUAA